UUUGUGACGUCACGCUAUUGAUUGUAAAAAGGAGAUCGUCUUUUGGAGACGCCAUCUUAAAAUAAAGUGAUAUAAGUUUUGGUAGUGUAGAAUAGAGAUAAAAUCUAAAGUAAUCCUCCUUAUUGUAUUAGCAUUUGAGCUUAAAUAAUUUUUAUAUAUUAAUUCCUAGUGUAACGGACCAAGUUUUUGGUCGGUGAGAGGGUGACCUCCUGAUGGUGUGUACAUCGCAGCAUGUCUGCACUCUCGACGCCGGGCGGCGGAGGCACUACGGCGCAGAGCAAGCCGACGUCCGGCAAGCAAAAGUUUCAGAAAUUGGACAUCAAUAGUCUGUACUGCGCCAACAGGAACGAAAGCUCCGAACCAUCCUUGGCAAAAUCUCAACUCAGCCGUAAACAUGGAAUGCAAAGUCUUGGAAAAGUACCUUCAGCUAGACGCCCACCAGCCAAUCUUCCUUCUUUGAGAACUGAAACUGGUCAAGAUCCUAACGCUAAUACUGUCUCUACUGUUACUACAACUGUAUCUACUCCAGCAACAUGCACCUCUCAGACUAUUACGACAGUAUCAAACAGCGGUGUGGUUGCGGGCACAGGCUCAGCGGGAUGGGUCCCCCUCCCUCCACCUUCUUCGCCACAUUUCCGCACAGAGUUUCCAUCGCUGGAGGCUGCAGCUCAACCCUCACACCGUUCUUCAGAUCAUUCUGUACCCCAACCACAGCUCAGACCACAAACGGAAGGCAGCUGGACGUGCGGUGGCACGGUCGGCGCGCGGCCCGAAACUACAUCGUCACCCGUCGCCGCGCCCGCCUCCACGCCUGCCGCACAGCCAACACCCGCUUACCGCGCUAUUCUGCCGUCCUUCCUGAUGAAAGGUAGCAACGGUACCGGGCUCGGUUUGGGAACAUUAAGCUCACUUCGGGAUAAUAGAAGCAGUGCCGGCAGCGCGAGCGGCAACUCUAACAAUAACAACGCGCCGGGCCCGCGACAGGCGCCGCGAGCGUCCGCCGCGCCUCGAGCCGUCGAGGUGCUCACGGCGCGGCCUAUACUCCGCGAGGAAGAGAUAUCCUCGCUCGACGACAUCUCUCGUGAUGCCGGAUGGGCACAACACGAUGAUAUCGAUUAUGACCAAAAACUUGACUUCUCCGAUGGUGAAUCGUCAACUCCGACAAUGAAAGGCGGCAACAAAAACAACCGGACGAGUAUUGACAACGAACGUAUGGAUCCUAAAAUUCAGGUUCCCGACGAGGAGCAGCUAUGGGCGGAGCGCCGACAGAAGCAGAGCAACGAAGUGGCCCAAGCGGUCGCGCGCGCGCGCCAGCGCAAGGAGGAGGAGCAGAGGAGGCAGUUGCGGGACUCGCGCGACUCGCCGGCCGCGCAGCCGCCCAAGGGAGACAGGAACGACCGCGAGCGCAAUGACAAUCGCGAAAGAGAUUUCGAUGCGAGAGAAAAAGAUAGAAGCGACAAUAGAGACAAAGAUAGGUCAGAAAGUAAAGACAAAGAUCGCAAUGAUUUUCGUGAAAGGGACUCGAGAGAUAAGGAUCGGUUGGAUAAUAGGGAUCGCGAUCGAGACCGCUUCGAUAACAGAGACAGAGAUCGCGAACGUGAAAAAGAGAGACUGAUAGAUAACAAAGACAGGACACGGUCAGACAAUAGAGAUCGCUCGGACAGCGAGAAAGAUAGGGACGUGCGAGACAGGGAGCGUAACGAUAACAGAGACCGGAACGAUAGAGAUCGUCAAGAUCGGGAUAGAUAUGACAGAGAUAGAGAGCGGAACGACAGGGAUGGGCGCGAUCGAGCUGAACGAGACAGAGGUGAUCGUGGCCGCGAUUUUAGAGACAGGGACCGUGAAAGAGAUUACGCGCGCGAUCGCGAUCAACCCAACUCGACUCCUUUUUCUAAAACGUUUCAACAAACCUUGCCUCCGCGCUUUUUGAAGCAACAGCAAAAUCGACAACAAGACGAUCAACACAAAGCAUGGACGUUUCCCAGCAAACCGGCUCCGCGAACUCAAGAACCGCACCAAUACAAUGCUCCUAGGCACAAUGCGAACCACAACAAUAAUCGCCGCUCUUAUUCCAGAGAUUAUUCAGAUCGGGAAGAUGAUGUUAGAAGAGAUAGAGAUGGACCAGGUCCUCAAUGGAGAUCAGAAAUGCAAGAUUAUGAUAGAUCCGGCCGAGACUUGGAUAGGUCGAAUUCUAAAGAGUCAUACAAAGAAUUCAAUGAGUACAAGGAUAGAAGAAAUGAUCCAGAGAAAAAAUCAAUCGAUACAACUAUUGAGCAUAGCAGUAGAACUGCUGCAGAUAAAUUAACUGAAGUUUUUGAGCGAAAAAGUAUAGGUCUGACUGAGCCGUUUGCUUCUGUGGAUUCAUCUACCCAACCUCAAGUAUCGGAAAGGCGAACAUCGCCGCCGUCGCACGCUGUGCAAUCGCAACGGGAAUCGUUAGAAAAAGAUUUUAGUAAAGCAUCAUGGGCUGAAGUUACACAAGAGGAACAAAGCAACACAAUUGCAGUAAAACUGUCUACGGAGAAAGAUGAUCCUCUAAAACCAACGGAACACAAUGAGCCCAUAAUCAAAGAAAAACCUGAUAUACUACCUUUACAGCAAAAUCCAUCUACUAACAUAAAUCUUAAAACGCAGAACCAAUCAAACAAUUAUCAUAAUAACCACACCAUAUCUAAUAUUCAACCUGUUUCUCAUUCUGGCCAGACUCAACAAGCUAAUGUAACUAAUUCUCAAAUUAAUAUUCAACUUCCAAUCUCUUCUGCUAAUCAAUCUCAAUCCUCAAUAUUUACUGAUUCUCACUCUAUUCCUAAGUCUAUUCUCAACCAACCUCCUCCUAAAUCUAUUAACUCAAGUGAACUACUUUCCAAUCCUCAAAUACAUAAGCCCCCAGUUCAAGAACAGACUUCACUAGCCCCAGUAAAACCAACUAUUCUUGUGCAGAAAUCAGAAAAAGAAUUGUCAGAAUCUGAAUCCCUUGCAUCAAAAUCAAGCACAGACCCAUCUGCAAUAACAGGAAAUAACCAAGUUGAUUCACAUUCUGUUGAAAAUAUCCAAGACUCUUAUAAAAGACCUUUAGAUGAUAAAAAGAAUGAAAGGUUUAAUCUUGAACAGUUAAAUAAAAUUCCAGUAAAAGAACCAGUUGAAAGGAAAUCUAGUGGCUCUGGGUCGGAAAAGAAAGGCAGAGGGUUUGGUAGUGGAGGUUACAACGUUUAUGGUAGAGGUUGGGGAUCUAGAGAAUCUCGUGGACGACGAUCGCAUAGAAGCUCACGUUCAAAUAAUAGAGCAAGUGAAUCUGACGGCUCUACAGAUGGAACUAAUGUUGAACGCAAGGAACGACGCAAAGCCCCGCGUAGUCCGCGUGGUCUGAAGAAACAGGACAGGCAGGAUGACAAUCAGGCAGCUACUGAGCAAGGACAGCCAAUCACAGAUGGUUUAGAAAAUAGAGAACCGUUUGCGCCGCGGGGACAGCCUUCUCGACGUGGAAGAGGCGGAUUUCAAGGUACCAAUAGACCCCCGGCGCCUGCAAAGCGUUUGGCUGGAUAUGGGCCACCCAAUACAAAAAGUCCUUUUAGCCAAGCUAACAGGGCCGUAAAAGAUCACGAAGAAAGUAAAGACAACCUUCAAGAUGAUAAAGACGGUAAAGGCAAUAAGUCGCGUACUGGGUCGUCAUCUAGGAAAGGACGCGAUCGGCGCACAAAAGGCUUUGGUGGCCCCAAUAGUGGUGAGGACGAAAAUUGGGAAACCACAUCAGAACAUUCCGAAAGUGGUGGUGUACACCAUCGCUCCGCUGGCGGGAGGCAGUCAGCACAGUCUUUCAAGGGACAAAGUAGUGGUCGUAAUCAGAACGCCAACAACCGACAAAAUAAUAAUCGUAGCCAACAGGCAGCUAAGAAGGAAGGAGACAGAAACAAAAAUACUGAUAUUACAGAGGCUAUUAGUGAUCUUAAGAUAUCCACUGCAAAGAAAGAUGAAGAAGUUGUUGAUGAUGGAUUCCAAGAAGUUCGUAAUAAAAAGAAUUCUAAAGAAACCAGAGGGCCUACUAAUACUGUGAAAGAUGAAAAGCUACCUAGAUCUCGUUCAAACCAAGGUAGUGGUAGAAAUGGUUCUUCUACAAGAAAUUCCAAUGAUAAAUCAAUUACUCGUGGAUCAGCCCCUGUUACUGGAAAGCCGACUUCACAAUAUGAUCGUCCGCGACAAGCUAAUUUGGCACCAAGAUUCGUUAAACAAAGGCAGAAACAGCAAAUGGGAUUAAUAUCCAGUUUCAGUCCUGAUACAAGCGCCGCUCCGCCGCCGCCUCCAGUGAAUGCGUGGGACAAGCCUAUUGCUCAGACUUUGCGCGGUAGUGUUGAAGAGCCCCCAGAAGUUGUCGAUACUAAAUCCAGUCAGUCAAGCCAGCGCAGUACUCCGGGCGACACAUCCGUUGAAAUGAAGCCUAUUGCAACACCAUGUGCUCUGGUAUCUGAUAAAACCGGCGUUCUUGAUGGAACAACUCCUCCUGUAGAAACAAUUAUAUUUGAGAACACUAAUUAUAAAACUGCACCCCCUGCUGAGGCCUUAAAACAAAAAUACCAACCAAGCGCAGCCACGGCCAAGCCUCAGGGAGAAGAGGUUCCGCCCGAAAUGGAAGCGAGACCGUUGGCAUUUAAUGGAGAUAUGAGAGAUGUCAGACCACGUCCUAGGUCAAUUCAGGAACUCAUGGGUGAACCUGGCAGACCGGUAUCGGAAGCAGAAGGGUCACUCGGUCUGCAGAUGGCCUUUGAUGCCUCUCAAAAAGCGGAAGAGUCUGAUAUGAAACUCGAUUUUGCCUUCGAUUCUGAUCUCGGACAACUCACUGAAGACAAAUCGGCGAAAACACUGGGACUGCCGCGCGGCACACACAUGAGCACUUCGAACACUAUUUCGGCGGCCGAUCUCAAUUUCAAAAUCGCCAGUGUUAAGAAGGUGUGGGAAAUGCCUGCAGUGGUGGAAGGUGGUGAGGAAUUACAGUUUGCUGGACUCGAAGAAACCAACACUGAGACUGGUGCUCCUCCCAAUGUUUGCAAAGUGAAGCCUACUCAGCAGUUACAGUCGCCGCCACCGUCUCACUACAACCAUGUUAGCUACCAGGGAGGUUACGGCGGCCUGUCUGUCCCAUCACCUCCAGCCGUAUUGUUCAACUCGACCCAACCGAUGAUUAAUUCUUCCCAACAACUGCAGCAGCAAGGUGGCUUAUAUGGUGCCUUUUUAGAUCAAACGCGCACACAGUUCGGGGGAUUCCCUGGAACGCCGUACGGCGCUGGCUCAGCUACGCCCUACAAUUACCAGCCUCCACCAGACAUGUUUCAGAGUCUUCCAAGUCAAUACCGCAUGAAUUAUUUCCAGGGCCCAGCAGGCAGUGGUGCAGCAUUUGGACAAUCAGCACAAUUGGGAAACAGCCCGAGCACUGUCCUCAUAUCAAGUACUACCAACACGCAUAUGUCUACUGUUAAACCUUCGACUCAACAGAUUGGUGCUAUUGGAAGCAAAGGCGGCGGCGUAGGCGGCGUGGGAGGCGUGGGCGGCGUGAACACGUUCCAGCAGCAGUACCUGGGCUACUCGGGCCCCGAGGCGCAGUACUCGCUGACGGGGCUGCUGCCACGGGCGGCGCCGCCCGCCACGUCCUACUACUCGCCGUACCAGCCGCCCGCGGCGCCGGCGCCCACCUACCCGCUGCAGUUCACGCAGCCCGCGGUGCAGCAGUCCAACGCGUUCAGCUCGCAGUUCAUCUCCACGCAGCUGCACGCCGCAGCGGCCGCGGCCGUCCAGCAGAUGCAGCAACAGUACCGGGCGCCUCCACUGCAGACCCAGUACGCGCCGCCGCAGCCGCGGCCGCCGCCACAGCAACAGCUGAAGAGCCCACUCCACGAGCACGCCAACGGCUUCGCGCCGCUGUGCGACUCGGCCUCGCCCACGCCCAAGGGCGCGCCCAAGCCGCAGAAGCCGCCGCACUCGCCGCCGCACAAGUACCACGCGCCGCCGCCGCACCAGCAGCACGUGCAGCACCCGCCACCCUCGCACACGCCGCACCAGCACCACCCGCAUCAGCAGCAUCCGCACCAGCAACACCAACAGCACCAGCAGCACCAACAGCAACUAGUGGGUGGCGGAAACAACGGUCGCGGUAACGGAGCGGGUGGCAACGGCAACGCGAUGAACCGCGGCGGCAUGGUGGCGCCGCGCUACCCCGCGCCCAUCCAGCGCCCGCACGCGCCCGCGCUGCCGCUGUACCGCGCGCCGCCCGUGCAGGCGCCGCGCACGCACCACGCGCCGCGCCCGCACCUCUACUACCACCACCAUCAGCGCAAUGGUGGAGGUGGCCCAGAACGAGUAACGGAAGGAGUGGAGGUGGUGGCCAGCGUGGAGGAGGCGGGCGACAGCGCGCCCGCGGGCGAGGCGCCCGUCCCCGCCGAGGUGAAGGCCGAGUGAGCGGCCGCCGCUCCACCGCGCCCGCCACUAGGGCGAUGUAUUGCACCAGUACGCGUACACUGGAACCGGAUCAUCGACCGAUUUCGGACCAGCAGGUCGAUCAUGAAAAAGCUGCAUCGAUUAUUGUUGGUCUAUUUCACGAAGACCGUUUGACUAUGUGUACACGUACACAAUGUUAAAGUGCGUGGCACUUCGGCCGCAAUGUGAUUUACGUUACGCACACAAAUGCGUUAACGCUUAUCGGUACACUCACUACAAGCAAGGCUGAGCGGUCAUCGUGAAAUAGAACAUCUAUACAAUUGUUGUGGAUUGGCUGAUGUUAAGGUAUUCGUUUUGCGACAAUGCAUUUGAGCCAAUUGUGACAAAGUGUUUACCAAAUCAGAGGUGAUUGUGAUGUAGCUGUCAAACAAUGGCGGCCCCCAGAACUAUUCGGACUUCUCGGACUUUCAUCUGCAUAUACUGCUGCCGCACUCGGACGAUGCUGAUCUUGACUGUGUAGUGCCACUGUGAAGCGUACAAAGUGAAGAUGUGUUAUCAAAAUCGAAUAUUUUGAAGAAAUGUACCUUCUAGUAAAUUCGUACAUCCAUUCAAUACGUCGACGUUGAUGACGUCGCUGUUUUAAAAACAACUGGGCUGACUGGACUUUUGAUUUUUAGAAUGUUUGUCCCAGAGUGCUGCCCUAUUAUACACACUAAUUAAUUUUUCAAUAUUCAUUGUUUAGAUUGAAAUACACGUGCACUAUAAUUACCCGGCAAACUGGCAAGAGAUCCAGAUAAGUUCGGACUCUUCGGUUGAUCGGUAAUUAUCGGGCGUCAUCGGACGAUACCGGUUGUAGAAAUGUACGCGUUCUCUUUUAUUUACAUACGACGACCGUACGACGCCCGAGCGUCCUCCGCCCGAUGACGGAGUAAGCUAGAACCGCACUACAGAGGUGCGGCCCUUCCUAAACGCACUGUACUGCAGCGGUGCGACAGCAUGCGGCUGAAUUAUUCAGUUCUUGGUUAUCUGAUCAACAAAAUGGACGAAUUAUUGAUUGAAGAAGUGAUCAUGGUGGCUUUCUUGUGUGGAAGAAGCAGAAAAAUAAAAAGUUGCGGGUUAUUCGUGAACCCCCGCCGCGCGACAUAACAUUUUUAUGUCAUGCCGCGCCCCUUUAGUGCGUUUCCACCUUUAGGUGUACGCAAGUUAGACUUAGGUUUGCGGUAUUUUAAGACGUAAAUUAUGGAAGUGUUUUGAAGAUUCGUAGGAAGUGAUCGCCCCCGCCGCGAAGCUGACCGGCGCCGUAACAUUCCGCGGGUGGCGUUUCGUUGUAUGUAAAUAAAUCGGACUGACAUCCGGCUGUCUAAUUGACUGUUAUGUUUUAAGGAUAUGUAUAAAAAGCGGUUCGCCUCGCUGCGUACGUCCGAUGCAUCGCGGGGACGCACAUCGUACGGCGGACGACCCGUGCACCCACCGGCUUCUCCCACCAGUGGGUGCACGGGGAAUUCGAAUUUACCCCGUACACCCACUGUGUUAGGGUAGGAAUUAAAUCUACAAAUAUGUUGAUACAUCGUAUCGAUAAAAAUACACUAGCUUUAUACUAUUGUUCCUUGCUUGCUGCAUUUUAUCCGAAGGACCAACAUUAACGGUCGGUAAUCGAA